AUGGUUAGAAUUGAUAAAAGAAAUAACAAUCAAAUCAGAUCGAUUGAAUCAGAGUUGGCAUUACUAAAUAAAGCAGAUGGUUCUGCCAAAUUCUCUUUGGAUAAUUCAUCGGUACUAGCUGCUAUAUAUGGACCAGUCGAAGUGAAUCCAAGAAAAGAAAAGAUAUCGAAAGCUACUGUCGAGGUUGUAUUCACACCAGACAGCGGAAAUCAGAAUUAUCAAACCAAAGAGCAAGAGUCACUCAUUAGAAAUGCAAUAGAGAGUGUCAUUAUGACAAUGUUGCACCCUCGUACACUCAUAAGCAUCAUCAUACAGGUAUAUUCGACUGAUGGAUCGAUCGUAAGUUGUUCGAUCAACGCAGCAUGCUUGGCACUACUGGAUGCCGGUAUCGAGUUGAACUCAUUGAUAGCAUCAAUCUCACUAUCUUUUAAUAGCGAUGGUCAAAUCUAUUUAGAUCCAACAAUGAAAGAAGAAAAUGAAUCAAAAGCAACAGCUAUAUACGCAUUUAAUAGUCAAUUAAAAUUAAUGAUGAUAAAGUCAUCGGGUAUUAUUACAGAACAACAGAAUCAAGAAGCUUUACAAUUGGCAAGAUCUUCAUGUGAGAGAAUUUUAGCAUACAUUAGAACUGCAGUUAAAACAAGAAUAAUGGGUGAUACAGAAUCACAAACUAAAGAUACUGUAAUGUCUGAUAGUACUAAAUAA